AUGGCCUGUCGGGGCCCCCAGCGGGCCAGUGUGCACGUGCAGAGGGCCGGCUGUCCUGUGGAUGUGGCCACAGGGAACCAGGAGAUUGUGGGGAGGACCCCUGGGCAGGGGCCCAGAACCCAAGGCAGUGAGGCGGGCAGCCACCCACCACGGGACGGAUGGGCAGCAGCUGCCCAGGAGCCUAGCGUCCCCCACCGGCCCGGCUGGUCCUGGGGCGCCCCCUGCUGCCCGGGGCUGGCCCUGCAGUGCGGCAGCAGCGGGGGCUCCCCGGAGGCGCAGGCGGCUGGGCUGAGGGUCUGGGCUCAGGGGGUCCACCGGGCCCUGAGGCUGAGACGAGGGGUGGCUGGAGUCCCGGCAGUAGAGCCUGGGGUGACACGUGGGCCCACAGACGGGCAGAGCGGGGGUCCCGGGGGCAGAGCCAUCCUGGCCUACCAGCGACUGGAUGGUGCAUCAGAGAACAAAGACCCUGAACAGGGGCUUGCGGCUUCAGAGGCAGCCUUUAUUGUGCUGGGAGCAGCGUCCCCAGGGUCUGUGCUGGACCCCGCCCGGGACCUGGGAGGCGGAAGCUCGGCCCUUGCCUGGCAGCCUGAGGGCGGCCAGGCGGAGGUGGCCGUGGGCCGUGCCCCUCGAGGCAGCGUGGGCGAGUCCGCACCCUGGUGA